UGUGCGAGCAGAAACGCGUUUCUCGUGAACAGUGCUGAAGGAAUUACUUUUGUUAUUUAUCGCACAGAGGAUCUAACACAGAACGUAAACAAUCUAGGAGAUGGCUGAAGCAAUUCAAAAGAAACUGCAGUCAGAGCUGGAAAAAUACCAACAGAUGCAAAAAGAUGUCAGUAAGAGUAUGUCUGCCAGGCAAAAACUUGAAGCACAGUUGACAGAAAAUAAUAUUGUUAAGGAGGAGCUGGACAUGUUGAAUUCUCAGAACACAGUCUACAAACUGAUCGGUCCAGUCCUGGUGAAACAGGAUCUAGAUGAAGCCAAGGCAACUGUGGCUAAGAGGCUAGAAUAUAUCAAUGGUGAAAUACAACGCUAUGAAACAUUGUUAAAGGACAUGGAGAGGAAGUCAGAGCAGCAUCGUGAGGUCCUUGCUAGUCUGCAGCAGGAGUACCAGCGAGCUCAAGGUCGCGCUGUCGGGAAAGUGUGAUGGAUUACUGUACCAUGGAUCAACACAUAACUUGGGACUUAAAAGAGUGCUGGCCUUACUCCUUACGCCUACCAACCCACAGAGACUGAGUUACCGAUGCUUAAUUAUUAUCCUUCAAAAAACACAUUGGAGAUUUGUUUGGUUUUUUUUGUUAGUGCCAUUAUUAUCAAUAAAAUGCUUUCUUUGUUUGUGA